AUGACGCACCGGAGGAAGAAUGGCGGCCGCAGGGCCAAACUAAACUCACCGAGGCAGGCAGCUCUGUGCCGGCCGGCCGCUCUGGACGUGAAGCAAAACACAGGAGAUGCAAUCCAAACAAUCCCCCAACACUUUACAACGUCUCUCUUUCCUCUUCCUUGUCUUUCAGAACAAUCAGGACAAUCAGACAACUCCAACCAGCAAGGAGACACAGACGUCAAGCCGCCGCCCAACGGCCACUUGAGUUUCCAGGACUGCUUCGUGACUUCAGGCGUGUGGAACGUAGCCGAGCUGGUCCGCGUGUCGCAGACCCCGGUGGCGACAGCGUCAGGCCCUAACUUCUCCCUGGCCGACCUGGACAGCCCUGGAUACUACAACAUCAACCAGGUGACCCUGGGCCGGCGCUCCAUCACCUCCACCCCCUCCACCAGGACUGAAAUGGAGCUUUAUGCAAGUCUCCCACGGAGCUCCAACAAGCGCAAGUCCAUUGACGACAGCGAGAUGGAGAGCCCGGUGGACGAUGUCUUCUACUCGGGCCGCUCCCCGGCGGCCGGCAGCAGCUCUCAGUCCAGCGGCUGGCCCAACGACGUGGAUGCAGUGCAGCACCAUUUGGCCAGUGUGCAGGAGAGGAAGAUUAAGCAUGAGAACGAUGGAGUGCAGUUUCCUUACCAUGGACUGUCAUCGCCUGGUUCUCUUAAGAAGCCGGGGAAAUUCGAUUUCAGCGCCCUGUCCUCCCAGACGAGGCCCCCCCGCAUGGCGUUCUCCCACCACCCACUGCCCAUGCUGGCGGGAGUGAGACCAGGGAGUCCCCGUGCGUCGGCCUCGGCCCUGCACUUCCCCUCUCCCUCCAUCAUCCAGCAGUCCAGCCCCUACUUCACCCACCCGACCAUCCGCUACCACCACCACCCGGGACAGGACCCCCUGAAGGAGUUUGUGCAGUUCGUCUGUGCUGACGGUUCGGGGCAGGCCGCUGGACAGCCAAACGGGAGCGGCCAGAGCAAAAUGCCGGGCUCCUUCUUGCUGCCUCCACCUCCCCCAGUGGCCCGCCCAGUGCCCCUCCCCAUGCCCGACUCUAAACCCAACAGCACGCCCCCUGACGGCGGACUCCACUCGCCCGCAUCUCCGUCAUACUCCACGUCAGGCGCCACAGCUCCCAACAGGUUUGUCGGCAUCGGAUCACGGGACAACAACUUUCUGAACAUCCCGCAGCAGACGCAGUCUUGGUUCCUCUGACAAGAUCUGUGCACAAACCAGCAACUAGUAUUCUUUCUUUACAAUCGGAAAAAGCAAACAGAGAAACAACCCGCAGGAUGAUUAAUUGUCCUCCAACCCCCCCACCGCCCGCCCCCCCCACCAGCCCUGACAGAACGUCUCAACUGAUUCUAAAUCAAACCACACAGGAGAAUGCAGCCGAGGAACUCUGUACUUAUUAACCCAGUCAGAGGGAGGACCUGUUCUGAGCACCGACGGAAAGAUGGAAAGAUGGAAGGAUGAAAGGAUGAAAGGAUGAAAGGAUGAAAGGAUGGAACCGGGGACGCCAGGACGCAGGAAGGAGAGAGGGACACGACAACAAACAGGCGUCUCUCCUGAAGACGACAAAAGAAAACAACCACCCAACCAGCACAAAGCAGGAGGACGAAGACGUCUUCUGCUUCUUCACGUGGACGUUUCCACCGUCCCACUCAAUCAAGACUUUUCCAGAAGCAGCAUUUUAACCCACAAAGCUCCGCCCACCGUGAAUCUACAGGUCAAAGAAAAAGACGAUUCGGUUUCAGACGAGGGCUUAACGAGCUCCUGUCCUCACCCAAAACAAAAACCAAUUAACUCUCUCUCCGUCUCUCUCUCUCUCUCUCUCUCUCUGAACGAUUGACUCUAUAACGCCCCUGUUUACUACUAACCAGAGAGAGAGCAUGCCAAAACAUUUCUUGAUUUAAGGGUUGCACUACAAGAAGCCGAAUCAAUUAACACUAAUCUUAACGAUGUGCACUAUUUACCCACGAGGCAUGGGAGGUCAACCAGCCUGUCCCGAGUUUCAAAGAGGAAAAGGUCACGUGUCCUCGACCCCAUCCAUCAGUUCGACCAAUCACUGGCCUCCGCUCAUUCUCACAUGUCCCCGCACAACACAACACAACACACACACACAACAAUCUGUGCCAUGACCACAGCAUGCAUCAACAAUUGAAAACGCACACACGCAAACACACAGUUGCCCAGUCUCACCUUUUAGAUCGUAGUAUUUAGAGGUGGUGGUGUUGUGUUAUCAUAUUUUCUUUCUAUAUACAACAUAUAGUGAAUCCCGGUGAACUCUCUCUACCUAUUUGAUUAGAUAUCCCCCAAAAAAAGGACACACACACACACACCGGUGUGUGUGUGUCUGCGCAUCAUUACCGACGAACUUUAGACAAGCAGCUAUGACCCCCCCCCCCCCCCCUUGCCCUCUUGUAAUGCAGAUGAAUGACUUUUGUUCUCUUGUGUGUUCUCUUUUUUGAAUUUAUUCCUUUUUGGAUUUGUACUAUUUUAUAAACUGUUUUAUAUUUGAAUGACAGCACCUUACAGAGAACCACAGAGAGGGAGCUCAGCUCGAUGGGAAGGCGCUUGACAGUUUGGGAAAUACUUAGAAGUUAGACAGAAGUUGGUGGAGCAGCCGAAAACACACAAAGUUGUUGCAUUAGGAUUUUUUAAAGUUUGCAUUUGGUAGUUUAUCAAACUUCGGGAAAAGAUUUGACUCAGUUAAAGUUGACGAGGUAAACGUCUCAAACACAACGCUGUGUGUGUCUGUGUGCGUGUUCCCAGGCGACACUGCAUCACGGUUGUGUUGUUGUCAUCGUCUCCAGACUUUGUGCCGAGCGAAUACACAACAGCGGCGUCGCUCUUCUUCAGUAAAAGGAAUCGAACUAGCGUAUUUUCCAAAGUGCCAAACUCUGAACGUGGUUCAGUGCUCGGUGCCAGAUGAACCCACUCGCCACUUGCUGCUCUGCAGGGUUUCGACAAUCACAGGACGCUCUGUCGUCCGGGGCCGCUCUGCCUGACCCGCUGAACCGUACAGGUCUCCUUCUGCCCGAGUCCAGGUCCGGCUGCUGCCCGCUGGUGCUGGUGGUGCUGGUGGUGCUGGUGGUGGUGGUGGUGGUGGUGGUGGUGGUGUAACCCGAGGAAGGGAAGGUUGCUGAGGACGGGACCCAGAGUGAAAAGAGAGAGAGUAGCUCUUCCUUCUGUCUCCCUAAAGUUUACCCUGUUGUUUACACUCCCAGACGGGCCGCCGCUCCAAGAGCAGCGCGAGCCACACUGAGGAGCAAAAUGAAAUAUGUGACAUAUCCGGCUGUUCCUUUCCCCGAGGGCCCCCCCCCCCCUUUUUGUUUUCUUCAGGUGCACAGGGUCAGGUUUAAAGGAUUUGGGAUGCUAGGGUACCCCCUCCCCCCCCCAAACACAACACACCAGCACUCUCCCCCUACCCCACCCCCCCCCCCUCCCCCCCCACACGAGUCGAUGAGCCCUUAAAGAUCAAAACUGCACUAAAACAAUCAUGCCAGCCAACAUUGUGAGUUUGUUAUUUCCCGUGAGGUCGCCCACCACGUUAGUAUUCCAGGUCAGUGCACGUGUGUCGCUGGCGUGUGAGAGCACAGAGCGCCACGUUCCCCCCAAAACACACUCGUACAGACACACACUCACGACUAGAACACGUCCCCGGCGCCCGCCUGAAUCAAAGGGAAGUCUUAAUCCAGACAAUCGGAGGAGGAGGAGGCCUUUAUGCUUUUGAAUCACGUUCCGCCACGAGCCCGCACACAUUCACACCCAUUUAAGUUAUUUCCCGUGUUUUGAAUUCUAACCAUCCAUCCGACCUCACAAAAUAACUGGACUGCCUGGCCACGUGCUUCACUGCAGGGAAACAUCUCAGCUCCACAGAGAGAACGAGCUCCGCUGAGUGAGACUAUGGCUAAGGUGAUUUCUUUUCUAAUCUAUGGAAGUGCCUCUGUAUUCCCAUUAUGCAAUUUGUCAAACAUGAAUUCAGGUUCUUUUUCUCACAUAUAAGCUAUAGUGAAGGGUGAAAAAUCUAUGUCAGGGGAGGUGACAGCUCACUAGAUAAUCGCAAGCAUCUUUAUAUAUAAUACACAUAUAUAUUUAUAGAUAUAUACUUUUUUUUUCAUUUGCAAGAUAAGCUCUGUGGCAGUCUAGUUAUUUUUUGAAGCAUGGCGCACGUCGCACAGUCAUAGGAGGCAUCUCAAAAACUGCUGAGUCAUGCUGAAGUCUCUUUACCCACACGCACGUUCAGUGACGUUAGAGAAAAAAGGAAAAUCCACCGAAAUCACGAGAAUAGAAACAUGGACGAUAAUGUAGUCGAGGAUUAAACAAAAAGAGGAUCAGAUUAGGUUUUGUUGUUUUUCUCUUGUUUUGAUGGGAAGUGUUGUUCUUGAAACUAAAUGAUGUAUGUUGAUUGAGCCAUGUGCAAUGCCUUGGUAGAGGAAUUGUGUUUGUUCGUUUGUUAGCGAUUGUUCGAGGGUGUCACGAGAAAAGAGGUCAAACCCUCUACGUCUUUUAUUUUUUGGUUUGUUUCUAAAGUCCUCGCGCUCUGGGACUCUAAAUAUGGCGAGAAAAAAAUUAUCCCAGUCUUUGUAAGUAGGUUUUGGGAAAAACUGUUUUUUAAUUUCUGUUUUAUUAUUGUUAUUUUUUCUCCUUAUAUCACUUUUUAAAGAAAUUUCUCAUGAUUUGCUUUUUUUCAAAAAUGUGGGAGGGCUGAAGGAACAAUUUUGCAACUCGUAAAAUAUAUAUCACUAUGAAAACUGGUGCUUUCGUAAAGAAUAAAGUACAUUCAAUCUC